CAAUAAGGAUAUUAAUCCUCAAAUCUUUUUUUUUUCGAGGGGAAGAUAUGUUCGAUAUACAGUUUGAAGCGUAUACAGUAAUCUUUCUUUAUUCAGUAAUAACAUGUUAGUGAGCUGAUAAAGACGAUGUCUGUGUUUAGAUCCCACGGGUUCUUUCUGCCCUUUAUCAAACGCGUUCCUGAUAUUAAAAUCUGCCGCGUUAAACACAGAUCUCAGGGCUGCAUGAGCACAUGUACAGUGAUCAGACACAGAUGGAUGAAAGGCUCCUGCUGGAACAUCAGUUCUGUCAGAGAAGUCAGCUCUAAUGCAUCUGUGAAGGAGAGUCUCGACAUGUCAAAAUUUCCAGUGGAGAGGAUUCGAAAUUUCAGCAUUAUUGCUCAUAUUGAUCAUGGCAAGAGCACUCUAGCUGACAGACUUCUGGAGAUCACCGGUGCCAUUGCAAAGACAGCGAGUAACAAGCAGGUGCUGGAUAAACUGCAGGUGGAGAGAGAACGAGGAAUCACUGUUAAAGCUCAGACUGCGUCUCUCUUUUACCAGCGUGAUGGACAGACAUAUCUGCUCAAUCUCAUCGACACACCUGGCCAUGUUGAUUUCAGCUAUGAAGUUUCACGUUCCAUAUCCGCUUGCCAAGGAGUUCUGCUCAUUGUAGAUGCAAAUCAGGGAAUUCAAGCGCAAACAGUUGCCAAUUUCUACCUGGCAUUUGAGGCUCAACUGACAAUCAUCCCUGUGAUAAACAAGAUUGAUUUGAAAAAUGCUGAUCCAGAGCGAGUUGAAAAACAGAUUGAAAAGGUUUUUGAUAUUCCUAAGGAAGAGUGUAUCAGGAUCUCUGCAAAAUUGGGCACAAACGUGGACCAAGUUCUCCAAGAAGUGGUGAAAAGGAUUCCUCCUCCGACAGCGAAAGUGGAAGAUCCAUUUAAAGCCCUUGUCUUUGACUCCACCUUCGACCAUUACAGAGGAGUAGUGGCCAACAUCGCUCUGUUUGGUGGACGUGUGUCCAGAGGAGACAAGAUCGUCUCUGCCCACCUGGGGAAGUCAUAUGAGGUCAAUGAGCUGGGCCUUCUGAGACCCGACGAACACCCAACAGAAACCCUGUAUGCAGGGCAGGUGGGUUACGUGAUCGCAGGGAUGAAAGAAGUGAAGGAGGCUCAGAUUGGAGACACACUUUACCUCCAAAAACAGCCUGUGGAGCCGCUGCCAGGGUUCAAACCGGCUAAAGCCAUGGUCUUUGCAGGCAUGUAUCCCAUGGACCAGUCAGAAUACACAGCCCUGCGCAGCGCCGUGGAGAAACUGACGCUAAAUGACUCAAGUGUGACGGUUCAAAGGGACAGCAGUUUAGCUCUGGGAGCUGGAUGGAGGCUGGGAUUUCUGGGCUUGCUGCAUAUGGAGGUGUUUAACCAGCGUUUAGAGCAGGAGUACAAUGCAUCUGUCAUAGUAACAGCUCCGACUGUACCCUACAAGGCUGUGCUAGCAUCUGCCAAACUCAUAAAGGAACACGGUGAAGAAGUGAUCACCAUCAUCAAUCCUGCUCAGUUCCCUGAUAAGUCACAGGUCGUGGAGUAUCUGGAACCCAUGGUGAUGGGAACCAUCAUCGCUCCGGAUGACUUCACUGGGAAGAUCAUGACCCUGUGUCAGAGCCGCAGGGCCGUUCAGAAGAAUAUGUUCUACAUCGAUGACCAUCGGGUGAUGAUGAAGUAUAUUUUCCCUCUAAAUGAAAUUGUAAUGGACUUUUACGACCAGCUGAAAUCCAUGUCAUCAGGAUACGCCAGCUUUGAUUACGAGGAUGCUGGUUAUGAGGCCGCUGAUCUGAUUAAGAUGGACUUCCUCCUCAAUGGGCGGCCAGUGGAAGAACUCGCCACUAUUGUUCAUAAAGACAAAGCGUACAGUGCAGGUAAAGCCAUAUGUGAGAGACUGAAGGAGUCCAUCCCCAGACAGAUGUUUGAGAUCGCAGUGCAAGCAGCCAUCGGCAGCAAGAUCAUCGCUCGAGAAACAAUAAAAGCAUAUCGAAAGAAUGUUCUCGCAAAAUGUUACGGUGGUGACAUUACACGAAAAAUGAAGCUGCUAAAGAAGCAGGCUGAGGGAAAGAAGAAAAUGCGCCGCAUUGGCAACAUUGACGUCCCAAAAGACGCUUUCAUCAACGUUCUUAAACGGAAGUAGUUCCCUCAGGAACAUUAUCAUAGCAGACAUCAAAGCCUGAGGUUGAUUUGUGAAGGGGAACAUGCCAAUGUACAGUAUGAUGAUUGAUUUAGAAAUGCUAUUAAAGUUCAUAUAACUAA